AUGUACAGAGCAUCUACAUCAAACGUUCCACCAGAAGUCCAGAAUGCCGUGAUUGCGGCUGCCAACGAGGCCGAACGCUUUAUUCGUCGAUUCUUCUAUGCACUUGACAACUCCCAAACUUCUUCUUCUUCCCCAGUUCUAUCCUAUCUUGUUCCAGAUGCUGCCAUUGUUUGGACUGGUACCCCUAUCCAAGGCCGUGAUGCGUUUGCACAAAUUAUUGCAACUGGCCUCCCAGCAGGUGGUAAACAUGAUAUUAGUAGUCUUGAUGUACAUCCUCUUGAUGCAAACGGACAAGCUGUGGUUUCUGUUUCAGGUCGCUCGAAAAUAGGAGCAGAACGUGGCCAAAACCAGUUUGGAUUUGCAGCUGUUCUUCGACUUGUCCGAGACAUGUCGCCAGGUGCAUCUGCAGGCGAUGUUCUCAUCUCGUCACUUUCAUACCGUUACACAUUCCGUCCUGAUGAUGCUACAGUUAUAUGA